GGCUCAACCAUCCGAAUUGUGACAGUGAGACCAUUGCUCUAAAAAGAAUUGUUUUGUGGUUAAUAUAGAAAAGACACUUUAGACUUUGUUUUAAAAAACCAAACAUUCAAAAUGAUACUUGGCUUAUUUGAGGUGUGAUCAAUCUCAAUUCUUUCUCUGGUAGACUAUCAUCUGUGCUCUCGCUUUUGUGGAAAAUCUGUCCAUCCUGGGGGCUGAGGAGAAAUUUCUGAAAGGACCUGUCAUUGACAUAAUGUACUGUAAGAAUCCUAUAAAGGAAAAUAUGGUCAAACAUGACAUCCUGCUAUUAUUUACAAAUAACCAUUUUCUCUACAACUAACCAACUUUUUUUUAUUAUUAUAAUUUUUAUUUUUAUUUUAUUUAUUUUUUUUGGUGAGGGGGAGCAUUUUGAUAGGAGGACUGAGCAACAAUUAAAGAAGAGUGGUAAGCCAUAGGGGAGUCAUCCUAGCUAAUGUUUUUAAUAAAUGAUGUUAAAUAAUGUUGUUAACAAAAAAGUUGUCUUUUUCUUCUUAGAUGGCUAAUUGGCCCUUUGAAUUUUAGAAAGGGGUGAAUUGUUUGUCUUUAUAAAUUGCUAUGUAGCUGUAUAACAACCAAUAUUGAAUACUACAGCAGAUAUUUCAUCAAUGGUCCAUAUGAUUACACUGUAUGUCUGAUGCGACUAAAUAUGAUUAAUAUCUGAAUGUAACUUUAAAUUCACAACAACAUAUACAUGAAAACCUACAGUCAAUAUAACUAGGCUACAGUAUAUCAUACAUCAUUACAUUGUCCAUAUGAUCCAACUGUGUAUUAUUAAUUAUUCAGUUCACAAAAACACUAAAUUCAACUGCAAUUCCAUUGUCUCCUGUAGGCUAUGUAUGAAGACCAACAGUGAAUAUCUACAGAUAUUUAGGUCCGUAGUGCAGAUCAUUACACUGUCUCUGAUAUCUUAAUGUAAUGUUUAUAUUUAAAUUCACAAAAAAACACUCAAUUAGUCAACGUCUGUGGACGGGACAGUUAUUAAUCUUUAAUGUUAUUUCGUCGUAUAUCCUACUCCCCCUACUGGACGCAUCAGGAACAACAGUGGCGUAAAUCUUCCUGCUCCAGAUGUGCAGCCUCUUCAUACAGACCUCCAAUAAACACAAAGGAGGAGGAGGAAGCAGUUUGGAAACCUCGGUAUCAGAAGUGAAAGUUGGAGAUUUAUUCAGUUUUAUUCAGCUAAUCCUGUUCUGUGAUAAACGCUGAGCAAACUUUACUGUAUAAAGGACUUCACCUCAUUGUAUUUGUUAAAGUCUAAGUUUAACAAAUAAAAUGAUAGGAAGUGUAGACUCUACAAUGUAAAAUGGAGGACAACACCGUUAUGUUAAAACUUCUUCUGUUUAUCACAUUUCCUGCUCAUCUUUCAUCUGCAGACACACACACUCUGCAGUACCUCUACACUGCAGUCAGACCAGGAGUAAAAUUCACUGCUGUUGGUCUGGUGGAUGGAGAGCAGUUUGUGUACUACAACAACAACAUGAUGAGGAUCUCAGAGUGGAUGAAGAAGGCAGAAGCUGAUGAUCCACUUUACUGGCAGAAAGAGAAGGAGCAUGUGAAGGAUCAACAGGACUCACUCCAAAACAUUGUGACUAGAGUAAUGAAGAGUUUUAAUCAACCUGAAGGAGUUCAUACACUACAGAGGAUGUACGGCUGUGAGCGUAAUGAUAACGGCAACACUAGAAGAUACGAUGAGUAUGGUUAUGAUGGAGAAGAUUUCAUCAGUCUGGAUCUGAAAACUGGAACCUGGACUGCAGCUAAUGAUGAAGCUGAGAACUUCAUAAACGAGUGGGAUCCUACUGGAGAUAAAGCUAAACGGUGGAAGGACUUCCUGCAGAUUGACUGUAUUGAUCAGUUACAGAAGGUUCUGAAUUAUGCCAAGGAAACUCUGGAGAGGAAAGUUCGUCCUACAGCGUCAGUGUUCCAGAAACACUUGUCUUCUCCAGAGGUGGUGUGUCAUGCUACAGGUUUCUUCCCCAAAACAGUGAUGAUCACCUGGCAGAAGGACGGAGAGGACGUGCAUGAGGGCGUGGAUCUCAGAGAGACGUUACCCAACCAGGAUGGAAGCUUCCAGAAGAGAAGCGUUCUGACAGUAUCAGCUGAGGAUCUGCAGAAACACACCUACACCUGCGUGAUUCAGCACAGCAGCUUGGAGAAGGAGAUAGUGCUGCCUGUGAGCGAGCGCCGAAUCCUGAAUCCUGAUAGAAGAACAGGUGGAGGAUCAGAUGAAGGAUCAGGUGGAGGAUCAGGUGGAGCUCCGAUUGGUAUCAUCGUUGGUGUAGUUGUGGCUCUCGUUGUUUUUAUUGCUGGUGUUGCUGGAAUUGUGGUCUGGAAGAAGAAGAACUCUGACUCCACACCUGUUCCACUCUCAGACUCCACACCUGUUCCACUCUCAGACUCCACACCCGUUCCACUCUCAGACUACACACCUGUUCCACUCUCAGACUACACACCCGUUCCAGUCUCAGACAGUGAUAUACAUCUGAAGUGA